ACGAGAGAAGACACGAAGGUGAAUAGAGCGAAAAUAAAUUUCUCCAGACAAUUCUCGAAUCUUCGGCCAGUGGCUAUAAAUUAUCACCUUAUUCGAUUUCCUCACCAAUCGAAAUUUCCGUAUCAACAAGAUCAAUCGAAGCGCUAUCAAAUUUCCCAUCCAAGUCGAUUUUCAAGUUCUUCAAACCAAAACCUAAGAAGAUGUCGAUGAUUCCAAGCUUUUUCGGUGGCCGACGGAGCAGCGUCUUCGAUCCAUUUGCCACGUUCGACCUCUCGGAUCCAUUCGAUUUUCACUUUCCUUCUUCAAUCUCAUCUCACUUUCCCGAAAUCGCUCGAGAAACUUCAGCUAUAGUGAACGCUCGUGUAGAUUGGAAGGAGACGCCGGAGGCUCAUGUUCUGAAAGCCGAUCUGCCUGGACUGAAGAAGGAGGAAGUGAAAGUGGAGAUCGAAGACGGAAAAGUGAUUCAGAUUAGCGGCGAGCGGAGCGUAGAGAAAGAGGAUAAGAACGAGAAAUGGCAUCGAAUGGAGCGAAGCAGUGGAAAGUUUAAGAGGAGAUUUAGGAUGCCGGAGGAUGUGAAAAUGGAGGAAAUUAGGGCAUCAAUGGAGAACGGAGUUCUAACUGUGACGGUGCCUAAGGCGGAAGAAAAGAAGGCGGAUGUGAAGUCUGUUGAGAUUUCCGGCUAAACAAAUUGAGAAUGUUUGAAUGGAUUUUGUGUUUUUGGUUAUUUUGAAGAUGUAAAUGUAUUGCGUUGUGAUUUUGGAAUCAUAAUCUUAGUUUUUCUUUUUCUA